AUGAUACAGCAGUGCUGUGGCUACAGUCAGGGCAGCUGUGGCUACAGUCAGGGCAGCUGUGGCUACAGUCAGGGCAGCUGUGGCUACAGUCAGGGCAGCUGUGGCUACAGUCAGGGCAGCUGUGGCUACAGUCAGGGCAGCUGUGGCUACAUUCAGGGCAGCUGUGGCUACAGUCAGGGCAGCUGUGGCUACAGCUUCUGUGGGUCAGACUUCUGUGGGUCAGACUUCUGUGGGUCAGGCUUCUACGGGUCAGGCUUCUGUGGGUCAGACUUCUGUGGGUCAGGCUUCUGUGGGUCAGGCUUCUGCGGGUCAGACUUCUGUGGGUCAGGCUUCUGCGGGUCAGACUUCUGUGGGUCAGGCUUCUGUGGGUCAGACUUCUGCGGGUCAGACUUCUGUGGGUCAGGCUUCUGUGGGUCAGACUUCUGCGGGUCAGACUUCUGCGGGUCAGACUUCUGUGGGUCAGGCUUCUGUGGGUCAGACUUCUGCGGGUCAGACUUCUGUGGGUCAGGCUUCUGCGGGUCAGACUUCUGCGGGUCAGACUUCUGUGGGUCAGACUUCUGUGGGUCAGGCUUCUGUGGGUCAGACUUCUGCGGGUCAGACUUCUGUGGGUCAGGCUUCUGUGGGUCAGGCUUCUGCGGGUCAGACUUCUGCGGGUCAGACUUCUGUGGGUCAGGCUUCUGUGGGUCAGGCUUCUGCGGGUCAGACUUCUGCGGGUCAGGCUUCUGUGGGUCAGGCUUCUGUGGGUCAGGCUUCUACGGGUCAGACUUCUGUGGGUCAGACUUCUGCGGGUCAGGCUUCUGCGGGUCAGACUUCUGUGGGUCAGGCUUCUACGGGUCAGGCUUCUGUGGGUCAGGCUUCUGUGGGUCAGGCUUCUGUGGGUCAGGCUUCUACGGGUCAGACUUCUGCGGGUCAGACUUCUGUGGGUCAGGCUUCUGUGGGUCAGGCUUCUGUGGGUCAGGCUUCUGUGGGUCAGGCUUCUACGGGUCAGACUUCUGUGGGUCAGGCUUCUGUGGGUCAGGCUUCUGUGGGUCAGGCUUCUGUGGGUCAGGCUUCUGCGGGUCAGGCUUCUGUGGGUCAGACUUCUGUGGGUCAGACUUCUGUGGGUCAGACUUCUGUGGGUCAGGCUUCUGUGGGUCAGACUUCUGCGGGUCAGACUUCUGUGGGUCAGGCUUCUGUGGGUCAGGCUUCUGCGGGUCAGACUUCUGUGGGUCAGACUUCUGCGGGUCAGACUUCUGCGGGUCAGGCUUCUGCGGGUCAGACUUCUGUGGGUCAGGCUUCUACGGGUCAGGCUUCUGUGGGUCAGGCUUCUGUGGGUCAGGCUUCUGUGGGUCAGGCUUCUACGGGUCAGACUUCUGCGGGUCAGACUUCUGUGGGUCAGGCUUCUGUGGGUCAGGCUUCUGUGGGUCAGGCUUCUGUGGGUCAGGCUUCUACGGGUCAGACUUCUGCGGGUCAGACUUCUGUGGGUCAGACUUCUGUGGGUCAGACUUCUGUGGGUCAGGCUUCUGUGGGUCAGACUUCUGCGGGUCAGGCUUCUACGGGUCAGACUUCUGCGGGUCAGACUUCUGCGGGUCAGGCUUCUGUGGGUCAGGCUUCUACGGGUCAGGCUUCUGUGGGUCAGGCUUCUACGGGUCAGGCUUUGUGGCGGCGCUUUCAAGUUUUUGGCUCUUGUUUUAUGCGUACAGAGAAUAUUUAAAGGCGUGGAGCCCCGGGGUGCCGCGGUAA